AUGGCAAAAACAGUCAGGUUUAUGCUCCAACAGUCAUUAAAAGAGAGUGCCGAACGCGUUUACGACGCCAUUUACGAAGAGGAAGACGCUCGCGUUUGCAGAGACAUUUCCGAUUCGGCCUGCUCCAACGUGCCACAGAACUUUUUCCUUAAUGCGACUGCUGUUGCGCUUGGCAAGCUUGCGGAUGCACUGGCAAACACAAAGACCACCUUACCCUGGCUAAUGACCAGCAUCGGCGCGCCAGGCUGGAUCGCUCCUGCGCUGGUGCCGAUCCGUGAAAGCGGCUCCAUGCUGCCACAACUUGUUAUUGGUCGCUGGGUUCGCCAGGCACCUAUACGCAAAUGGUUUUAUUGCGCAGGCGCUGUCGCCCAGGCUCUGGCGCUGUUUGGUACUGUCUUGAGCGCUGUCUUUCUUCAGGGCGCCGCAGCAGGUGUGACGAUCCUGAUAUGUGUGAUUUUUUUCAGCCUGGCGCGUGGGUUUUGCUCCGUUGCUGCCAAAGAUGUAAUGGGUAAAACGGUCCCUAAGACAAGGCGCGGGAGGGUCAAUGGGUUGUCGGCCAGUGUUGCCGGGUUUGGCACAGUCAUCGCCGCAGCCGUGCUGUAUCAGCUGGAAGCUGGCAUCGCAGCCUAUAGCAGUUUGAUUGUAUCAGCUGGCGUGUUCUGGCUCUUAGCUGCCUGGUUAUAUGCUCGCGUUGAAGAGGAUCGAGGUGCGGUUGAAGGUGGGGUUAACGGGCUGUCCGAGGCUUUUGCAAGCCUUGCUCUGUUGCGGGAUGACGCACCCUUUCGUAACUUUGUCAUCGGUCGCGCCUUUUUGGUGGGCACCGCCCUGUCGGCACCCUUUCUGGUGAUCAUGGCCCAGCAGCAGGGCAACACAGCACUAAUAUUUUUCCUUCUGGCACAAGGUACCGCAGCCUUGCUCAGCGGACACUUCUGGGGCAAAUUUGCUGAUCGGUCAAGCCGCAAAUUGCUGUUAUCCAGUGGCAUGGCUGCCGGCGUUCUGGGUGCCCUGAUUUUCUUGCUGGAACGUUUUCAACCCGAGCUGACGCAUACGCAAUGGUUCCUGCCGGGAUGUUUCUUCAUUUUAAUGGUCCUGCACGAUGGCGUCAGACUGGGGCGAAAGACCUAUCUUGUGGAUUUGGGUGGAAAGGAUAAGCGCACAGAUUACAUAGCAGUUUCAAACACCCUAAUCGGUGUAGUAUUGCUGCUUGCUGGGGCCAUUGCAUCUCUGGUGCAAUCGCUCGGAACAGUAGGUACCACUAUGCAAUCAGAAGACCCACGCGUUGCAGAUGCCCUUCAUGACGCUGCAGAAGCCAAAAACGACGCCUAUGCGCCCUAUUCAGGAUUCAAAAUGGGUGCUGCCGUGGUGACCCAGACCAACGCGGUGAUCAAAGGCUCACUGGUGGAAAAUAUUUCCCUCGGUCUUGCUAUGUGUGCUGAGCGUGUCGCGCUCUUUUCUACUGUCGCAAACAAUGCCGGCAAGCCUGAGAUUCUGGCUUUAGUAUCCCGUCGCACCGAUGGUGAACUGACCUGGCCUUGCGGUGCGUGCCUGCAGGUUGCAAUGGAAUUGGGCGGCGCCGAAUUGCUGAUUGCCGUAUCCGAUGGCAAAAAGACUGCACCAACCGCGAGAAGCUUGUAUCUGACUUCGCGUGUUGCCGUACUUCAGGGUCAGCUGGAGGUUGCGCGAAACGCAGCUGACGAUUGCCAGCGAACGUUUCCGGAUGAAGCACUGUGUUAUGAAGCCAAAGGCGAAGCGCAAUUGGUUACCCUCCUUCUGCAAGGGGGCAUUCUCAGCAAAAUCGGUGCGGCCCGCUCAGCUCGGAAAGCUCUGGAGCAAGCCGUUGAAUACGAUGGCAAAAAUAUGCGCGCCAGAAUCCUCCUGGUAAGAUUUUAUACCCUGGCACCGUGGCUGCUCGGCGGCAGCAAAUCAAAAGCCAGAGAUCAGGUCAAAGCCUGCCGGGAUUAUGACCCGGCGCUGGGCCACGAAGCGCAAGCGUUAUAUGACCUGGGGGUUGGCAAUACAGCUGCCGCGGUAAGCGGCUUUGCCAAAGCCCAAAAACUGUCGCCAAGUGAACGCGACCCAGCUCUUUAUCUUGCCAAAGCCUACCUUGCAGACACACAACCCGAAGCCGCUAUCAAAACGUUAGAAACCCUCGUUGAACGUUACCCGCGUUUUCAGGAAGCGUGGCUGGAACUCGGCAGGAUAGCAGCUGAAAAUCGCCUCGAGAGCGUACGCGGCAUGGCCGCUCUUGAGCGAUAUCUUUUUCAGGUGGAAGGCGAAUCAGGACUACGCAGGGCCGAUGCGUUCACCUCCCUGGCGCGCCUCUACCUCAACGCCGAACAACCGCAACGGGCGGCGACGGUCCUGCACCAGGCGCAGCUUGAGCAGCCUGAUAACCGCCCGAUUCGAAAAUUACUGACCGCUGUUUGUCGAGACCACGCCCAAGCUUGUCAGGAUUAA